CUAAUGGCCGCCGAUCUGAACGACGUGUGGCCCGGCGGUGCGUGCGGGGGCGCCUGCAACUGCUCCACAUGUCGGGUGGAGAUCGAUGUCGCGCCGGCUCCGCUGCUGCCACGAGAGGACGAUGAGUUGGACAUGCUUGACAGCGCGGCGGCGGCAAUUUCGCGGCAGGCGGACGCGGCCGGCGAGGACGGGGCAGCCGUGGCGGAAGUAUACCUGGCGGAUAAGUCGCGCCUCGCCUGCCAGCUGGUGCUUCGGGAGGAGGACGACGGCCUCGAGCUCACACUGCCAGAGGACGUGCUGAACAUGCUCGAAGUGCCGCUCUGGCUGCGC